UGUGGCAGGUAAACAGUCUGGUGUCAGCAGUGAGUUUCUCGAAGCCGAGGCGGUCAGUCUUUUCGUCUGUUUCGGUGCUGUGUUCCGCUGGUUCGCAGUGUUUCGCUGUAUGGUGGUGCCCCAGCAAGCGGGUGAUGCUCCGGCUGCCCCAGGUCAGGAGGACGAGGAUGACGACGAGCCGCUGCUGCUGAUGACGACUUCGGUGAUGCUCCCUCAGAAGACCCCGCCAGUUACCGCCGAGCAGAAUGUGCUGCACACGUUCUUCUCCCAUCUUGGUCACUUCUCCUAUGACAAGGCCAAGGACAACGUGGAGCGGGAGAAGGAAGCCAACAAGACGGCCGGCGCCUCCUGGUCUUCCAUGCUGGCGGCGCUGGCUCAUCUGGCGGCCGCGGAGAAGGCGUAUCACAGCAUGAGCUUCCUGGGGCAGAAGCCGGGUGGUCAGUCCUUCUUCGGCCGGAAGGAUUCCAUCAGGACGAAUUACACCUCCCUGCACAAUGAACUGAAGAAAGUGGUCACAACAGGUAGAAAUGCCACUGGUGGGACAGCUCCUCACUUGGAAGAGCUGCUGUCACAUCUGUCAGAACAGCUCUGCUUCUUUGUUCAGGCUCGAAUGGAGAUUGCAGAUUUCUACGAGAAAAUGUACACGCUGAGCAGUCAAAAAUUUGUGAAUGCCGAGGAAUUGGUGAACAUUUUAGAGGCCAUCUUAAAGAAGUACAACUCCAGGUUCCACCAUCCUAUAUUAUCUCCUCUAGAAAAUGGCUUCCAGCUUGAAGCUGAUGUUCUGGUGCAUCUCUUGAAGGCCCAGAGUCUGAUAUUUGAGUGGAAGUUCCUCUUGUCCCUUGUAAACUUGCACAAUGCACAUACGAAACUGCAGAGCUGGGGUCAGAUAUUUGAAAAGCAAAAAGAGACAAAAAAGCAUCUAUUUGGGGGGCAGUCUCAGAAGACAAUGCAGCCACCACAUCUCUUCUCAUGGCUCCAGAAAUUUAAAAAUAUCCUGCUUGCCAAGUUCAGCUUCUAUUUUCAUGAAGCACUAAGCCGACAGACCUCAGAGAUGAAGACCCUCACUGCUAAAACGAAUCCGGAUUACUUUGGAAAAAUCUCCAGCUUCAUUAGAAAAUAUGAUGCCGUCAACGUAUCCUUAAUUUUUGAUAACCGGGGAUCAGAAAGUUUUCAGGGGCAUGGGUACCAUCAUCCGGAUUCUUACAGAGAAGCCCCUAAAGGGGUUGACCAGUAUCCUGCAGUGGUGUCGCUACCACUUGAGAGACCUGCGGUUCACUGGCCAAAUGUUAUCAUGAUAAUGACUGAGAAGAUUGCAGAUCUAAACACUUUAGAGAAGGUUGUCCACUUCUUUGAUGACAAAGUGCAAAGUACCUAUUUUCUGACACGACCUGAGCCACAUUUUACUAUUGUGGUCAUUUUUGAGUCUAAGAAAUCAGAGAGAGACUCCCACUUCAUAUCUUUUCUAAAUGAGCUUUCUCAGUCACUUAAAUCCUCCAGAGUAUAUGCAAGCCUAAAGCCGGGCUCAAAAAGUUAGAACUAGUAGCAGUCUAGCAUUGUACAAAGGUAAUUUCCAGCCCGUAGUCAUGUCCCUUUCAUUGCCAUAUCCGAGGAAACAAAGGCCCAAGGUAUUGUAUCUGCUGAUCCAGUUUACACAGUUAAAAAAAUUCUCCUAUAGGCCACCAGUCAUCUGUUCCUAGGUGCCAGCCUUACAAAGUACCAAGAAGAUAUGUUAAGGGGUUUUCCACCUUUGAGAUACUGAUGACCUAUCCUCCAGAUAGAUCAUCAAUAUUAGAUUGGUGAGGAUCCGCCAACUUCAGUUCUGGGAGGUAAGCUGCAAUACACCAUUUUGGCCACUACAUAGUGGAUGGAGCCUUCUUUGUUACGCUCAUCCACUCUUAGGAGACA